AUGGCUUCAAAAUACUGGCUGUGCAAUGGUUGUACACACUCUGAUGAACAUAGCCGUAAGAAAUGUGUGCAGUGCGGGAGCAAGAAUGGUCCUAGAGGCGACAACGGUUAUAUGUGGUCCUGCCCCCAUUGUACCUUUAGCAUCGAAGGAUACAAGUCAAAAUGUUCAAUCUGUGGGUCACAAAAAGGUAAGAAUGGUAAUUUUCAGGGUUCUGGUUUCGGGGGACACAGCGAAAGAAGACGGAGAGGGGGACGCUCGAAAUACGGAAAAGCGACUGAUGAGGAAGUGCGCAUCGUCCUUCUGGGAAAAACUGGAACGGGUAAAAGCGCUACCGGGAAUACCAUCUUGAAUGACGAUUUCUUUGACUCCACAACAUCUGGCACUUCUGUGACAUCGCGUUGCACCAGCAGACAUGCCCAUAGGUUUGGCAGGGACAUUCAAGUUGUGGAUACACCAGGGAUAUUUGAUACCAACGUCCCAAAUGAUAGAGUUCAGAGAGAAAUUGUCAAAUGUAUCGGAAUCACCGCCCCGGGUCCACACUGUUUUCUUCUUGUCUUCGGACUUUCCCGUUUUACGCAAGAAGAAGAGGAAAGCGUUAACCACUUUGUCAGUUACUUUGGAAGGAAGGUUUUUCGACAUUUCGUCAUCCUCUUUACAAGAAAAGAUGAUCUGGAUCACCACAGCUUGACAUUGGAUGAUCACAUUCGAACUGUUCCAAAGAGUCUGCAAUCAAUCAUACAGGAGUGUAACAAUCGCUGUAUUGCCUUCAACAACCGAGCUACAGGGUCCGAACGACAAGAUCAGGUAGAAGAUCUUCUAGAGAUGAUCGACGACAUUGUUCGCAAGAAUCAUGGAGAUUGUUACACAAAUGAUAUGUACUCUGAGGCUGAAAAGGUUAUGAAACAAAGACAAUACCAAAUAAAAGGGAAGAAAAGGGAACGACAACGUGAGCGAGAAAGAAAAGAAAUCGAACGUGAAAUAGAGCAGAAGUACAAACGCCAAAUGAGCGGUCACUCUCGAAACCAAAAUGCACUAGAAAAUCGAGUUACAGAGCUGGAAUCUAAACGAGACUACUAUAUGAGUCGGUCUUCAGAACUGAACAAGGAGAUCCAUGAGCUCGAGGACGAGAUAGAAAACGAAAGAAGACAACAUGGUUCUCCUAGCUCCCAUCUUUUAAAGAAACUCAGGAAUUUAGAAGACGAGCGUACUAGAUUGGGAUCCGGAAAAGAGAAGGAAAUGGAGGGGGAGAUAGAAGAUCUCAGACAAGAGCUCAAACGCAUGCACAAGCACUCAAAAAAAAUGACAAAGGAGAAAGACAGAAUGUAUCAAGAAAAGCUGGAAGAGCAUGACCGGAGGUUUAGAGAGAUGGAGAAUGCACGUCACGAGGUAAGGCAGGAAGUAGAGACUGGUUCCGGUAAUGUGGGAGAGGCUCUUCUUGGUGGUAUGAUGGUCAUAGGGAAGCUAAUAUGGAAAGGAAUACAGAUGAUCUUUUAAUAG